UAUACCUUAAUAGUACUCCCACUCCCAGUUGUGCCACCUGCAUUGGCUAUCUACCCGCUGAAUGGAAACUACACAACCGAAGAUUUACUUCGAAGGCCCGCAAUUAAAGGCGUCGCCCAUAACGUUGAGCUCGUGGAUGGGCCGUACAACGUACCUGAUGGAGCCUAUCAAUUUAAAGGCCAGGCCAACAGUUACAUCGAGUUUCCAAAUGGUAACCUCAUACUAGACGCUAAGUACUCAAUCACGCUUAUGUGUUGGGUUAAACCCGGGGGCAAAGACGGACCGCUUUUCAACUACAAUAAGAACGAUUGGGGCGUUCACAUCUGGCUCGCCCAAGCAGGAAGGUUCUUUGUACGAAUCACCAAAGCUGGCUCGCACGCUUUUCAUCCAUUUGUACAGACAGUUAAUCCUCUUCCCAUAGGAAAGUGGGCUCAUGUUGCAGCCACAUACGACUUCAAUACUGGUUACAAUGCCAUAUAUGUCGACGGGGUACUACAAGCUCCCAGUAAGAAUGUUGGUAGGGGGUCACCAUCGAUACCUAUCUCGACCAACGACCCUGAAGUUCGAAUGGGUGCAAGGCUAAGCGAUGGCAGAUACUUCAACGGAGCAAUUUGUCAGAUGGGAAUAUGGAAUGUUGCGCUUACCCAAGAACAGAUAGCGGUGGAGAUGAUGAGAAAGAAAGGUAAUUUUAAAGCCUGUGCGCGCAUGUCUGCCAACUUGUCCUACCUCCACAUGGGCUACCGGUCGCUCGAAAUUCCCCAUUUUCAUAUAGACCUAAAUGCAUAUUGUUAACCCCCAGCAAUUCUGCAUAACCUUGGUCUUCGAUUUGUCCUGGAACGACUGUAAUACCCGCCCUUCACUAUUCACCAUUUUCACAUAGACCAUAAUGCACCUUGUUUACCCCGCAGAGUUUUACAUAACCAUUGUUUCCAAUAUCAAUGGUUAUGUAAAACUCUGCGGGGUAAACAAGGUGCAUUAUGGUCUAUGUGAAAAUGGUGAGUAGUGAAGGGCGGGAAUUUUCCAGAUUCAUUUCUUUUGGGUGAGUCAUUGUGAGUUAAACCACGACCAAAAAAAAUGUAGAAAAAAUUCUGUGUGAUACCAUGAAAUAAUUAUGUUGAGCCUAUAGAGGGUCUCAAUGGGGUUAAUCAUCAGCCGUCAAAAGGCCGAAAUUUUACAGUCAGUCGUCGAUAAAGGUAAACUUUUACUGUCAACCCUCAAAAAUGCAGGUUAAUGUUAAUCGUCAAAACUUUGAAGGUAUUGCAAAUCUUACUAUUUCAGCUGAUCGAUUUCCAAGGACUUCUGGCUCCUGAAGAAUCUCUAAACUGAAAAAACUAGUUAGAAUGUACAUAAUCUCAAAAGGAUUCUCUUUAGACAUUACAAGACUUUUCAACUUGUUUAUGUCUGAAAAUACUUCGAAAGUUCAUAAGUGAAAGGCUUUAAGUCCUUAAAGAGAACCUCCAAAACACAACAAGUAAAUAUUGAUUUAUGCAGAAGUUAACAUUUCUAAAAUUUCUUUGACUAAAUUUCCGCUUAAUAACCUUCAACAAUCAAAAUACGAAAAAAAAUUAACCGGCGUCAACUGUCAAAGCCUCCACCCCCAUUGAGAUCCUCCCUAUAGCUACAAUGGAGGUCAAAAGUGUUGGGACCUUUCCGGUGAUAUUACUAAAACUAGCCACCCCUCCCCUCCCACUCCGAACAAAGUUGCAUUUUGAGCGAAAUGUUUGGAAAUGAGUGCUUUUUUGGCCACACCCUUGCUGGGGGGAGUGAGGGGACGACGGGAUGAACCCAAAGCCGAACCAAAAAUUGUCGUUAGGAGCAGGGUCCUACGUAACAAUUACUUGGAAGGGCUUUUCACACAUUCCCAAGUUCUUUUGUGCUCCACUGCAGUGUUACCUGGGUGCAGACGUCUCCUAUUUCCUUUGUUGCACGCGUACAACAAAGGAAAUAGGAGACGUCUGCACGCAGGCAACACUGCAGUGUAAUAUUUACCAAUUCUGAAAAGAAUUAUAGUUUAGAUCUGACUCAGAUGGUCAUAUACAUGCUGAUCCAAAUCCAGAGGGUAGCUGAUAAAUUUGGGAUAAUUAAAAAGUUAAAACGUUUUGUUGUUCUCAUCUUCUACUAGAGGGUCUGAAUGGGACCAGCACCUUGACAACACAGAACAGUUUCGGGGGCGUAGGCAGGUAGCUCAUAGACCUGUAGUCCCGGGCCUACACAUUUUUGGUUUGAUCACUCUACCGCUUGUAAUAAAUUAUGCAUUGUUGGGGUGAGCUAAAAAGCUUAAGAGCUCAAAGUGUUGGUGAGGUCAGUGCGUAAUUGUCAUACGUGUAAUUUUCAGGAUAUGUACGAAUGAAAGACGGCCAGGCCCACAAUUAGUCGAAAAGCAGGCUACGCUCCUGACUUUGGUUCCCCGAUAUGAAACAGUCAAAUUUUAGGCAUUCUAACACUAACAGUAAAGUUUUCCCUCAAAGAAACAAAGGCGGCUCUAAAAGGCCAAUAUUAUUUUGUUCAGUGCAUCAAAGGAGUUUUCGCCCAUUUUUCGACAACUCCUGACAAUUUCAUAAGAUUUCCGAAGACUACCGACGAAGUCAGAAGACUGCUGAAGACGUCCGAAGAACUUUCCAAACAUUUAACAUUAUUUUAUGCGAAAACGAUAAACAUUAAAACACUAAACCCCAUUCAGACCCUCUCUACUAGGGAUCGAAGCAGUUAUUUUGAAAUUUUUAAGAUACUGAAAUUGCCUAAAAUGUUGAAACCUUCUAAAAACUUAAACACUAACUUGCAGGGCCCAGUUGUUCAAAAGGUGGACAACGCUUUCUACAGGAUAAAUCUUAAUUAGUCCAGUGGAUAACGCGAUUGGUUUCCCUAAUAGCCGGGGGGUACUCCCUAUGGUGGCCUAUACAAGGAGGAUCCACCCGAAAGGGGUACCUUAAUCAGGCUUCAGGUAUAUGAAAGGGUAGGGAUUUCACUUGUUGAAGUAUUUUAAACGGUAGGGAAAUCUGUCAUUUGGGCCUGUGAAAGGGUCCAGAAGAGCUAACAGAUGAAUUUAUGGCUGUAUAAAGUCGAGAAAACGUUCUAUUUUGUGAUUGAUUACUAUUUAAAAGACAGUGCUUUUACAACAGUUAAAAGGGAUGCAAAGUUCAAGGAUGCAAGGUAUGUGAGAGAGAGGUACCAUCUGUCAAUAGAAGGUAUACAAAAUGGGUGCCUUUCUCGUAAAAAAUGGUAUAUAAAAGUUGGACCUCGGGGCGGAGCCUCCCGUGUAAACACUUGUUGAGUACCCACCCCGCCAGCUGACCGAGUUUGUUGUGUUACUUAUCAAAUAGCUAUACGACAACCAAAGCCAUGCGACAUCAAUCCCUGUGAACAUGGAGGGAAGUGUAUGAAUGUUGGAAACAGCUUCAAAUGUCUUUGCUCUAAAGGAUAUACGGGACGGACAUGCGCACAAGGCAAGUGAAUACAGUACUAGUGCUCUUGUGACAUUGCCAUAAAUUUGGCUACAGGGAAAUUUGCACUAAAUUGGACCCUACAUUAAGCGAAUAACCCGUAAUUUACUAGCCGUAAUCAGGGAUUCAGAAGUGCGUUUGAAUGUUGUAAAUAGAAUGACGCAUUCGCGCAUUCUGAUGCUUUCAGAUGCGCGCGCACCUUGCCCAUGGGGUCAAUGACGUACCUCCGGUAGUUGAACCUACCUAAAAUCGAGAUUCUUUCUGCUAAAUGCUUGUGUCCAGGCUUAUCGCGUUCAGUUUAGGUUGUGUUCUCCUGGCGUAGAACACAAUUAUUAUUCAUUAAAAUAUUUCGCCUUUUUUGAUUGUUUUUUUUCCUUGACUAACUCGUCAUAACCAGCUGGCACUGAUCAUAUUUUGAAGAUACGAGCAUUUAUCAUCUCGAUGGUAUGUUUAACAAUCCACAAGCGCGUAUUAAAUAUGACAUGGACGCAGAGCGCCGAGUUGGCUUAACCAAUUUCAAAUACAACAAGCGCGAGUGAUAAUUUCUUUUUAUUGAAAACGCUCACAGGAUAUCGAUAAACCUUCCUGGUUUGUUUUGUUGAAACGAACGGCGAAAAAACACGGGACUUUCGCUUUUCAGAUGUCACCAAGACUGUUCACUUGCAAAAAUCCAGGGAUAAUAGUGGUGUCAAUUUCAUUUGUCGCCUGAUUACCCGCUGAAAUGUACUCCACCUAGUCCAUUACUAAUGGAAAGAAAGUUAAUGAGAGAAAAUAUUUGAAGUGGCGAUCUUUGUUUACUUGCAUUUCUUUAUGAUAUAGACAUCGAUGAGUGUGCUUAUGAAAAAGGCGGCUGCCAAGAUAUUUGUGUGAAUACAGUUGGAAGCUCCUAUUGUUCAUGUUCAGAUCCUGAGUUCAGUCUCGCUCCAGACAAACGCCAUUGUAUUGGUAUGUAAUAGUGUUGGUUUUGGUUAGGUACCAGGCUCAGUGGAGGAUUUAAGAGAGGGUGGGCGGGGUCAGAGGGUCCGGCCUCUACUAGAUACAUAGUAAAAUCAGAACGGAGGAUUUUUAAAAGUAGCUAACUCUAACUGACUAACCUGAGCUACAGAUUCUAUAAUUAUGUCAUUUCGAUUAAAAUUAGCCCUUGAUCCAAUAAUCCCGCCCGACGGUAAUUAUCGAAACAUUUGCUUUGAAAAUGCCUUACGGAGAUUUCUUCAAUCUUCUAAGACUUUUAACCAAUUGGCGGAUGGUGGAUGUAAAAAAGUGAUACCAAACAUGGAAGAAGCUUGCGUUCAAUCGAUACUUCGCUUUGACGUCAUACUGCAACACGAUUGGUCAAUCAAACAAUGCCUUCUCCAUAUUAGGGUUUUUUUUGGCGGGAAAACGAAGAGGCCAUGUUUUGAUCUUUUCAUCCAUUGGCUGAUAAAACAAAUAACACUUACCGAAACCAUUUUUCAAGGUCAUACGAAAAUCCCUCUAUCACCAAAACUGUGCCUCUUUUAUAAUUUCAAUUAUGAACCUCUCACGCCUUUUCUAGUAAAUUCCAAAUCCAGGGCGGCCUUGAAAAAAUCUAAAUAACCGAUCUCGGGAACUACUUUAAUUUGUAUUAGGUCGCAUCAAUGAUGCAGCUGUUCUCGGUAUAAAUGGAGAAACAAUCCCGCUUUUGUUUGUUUUUCGUAAACAGCUGAAGGAGUGGAAGUGGAUUGUGGACAAAAUGAUAUGAAAAUUACUCUGCCCAAGUCCCUGCUCAAAGGUUUGGACCGUCAACACCUGAGACUGAUUGAUGUCAGCUGUAGAGCAUAUGAAAACAAGACACAUUACUUCCUUCAAACCCAGCUCACGGGCUGCAAAACGAAGCUUAGACAAAAAGGAGACUUUUUUGUCUAUACCAACAUGGUUUCUGAAAUACCCAUCAAAGAGAACCAGAUAGUCACGCGCGUACGUGAAGCUAUGAUCCCUUUCUUCUGCUGCUAUUCAAAAUGGGGCGUGGUUUCGUCAGUUGGGCUUAAACCAAUGAGCAAGAAGGUCAUUUUUUCCUCCAAAGGAUUCGGAAAGUUCACCAUCUUUUUGAAAUUAUUCAACAAACCAACGUAAGUUGACACUUAUUCGAUGACGAGAACAAGAAAAAGUAUGAGAUCUCGGUUUUGUGCUCUUACUCGUAGUCUAUACUUGACCCUUCAACACUUUAAGUCCCAAGAGUGAUCAACAUCAAUUUUCUCCAAACAAUAUCAAUACAUUAUCAAAAGAAACGGUAACGAGAUUUAAUACAAUGAUCACCUCAGGGAAAAUGCUUUGAUCCUCUAUCAAAUUCUCUCAUCUGUUCUUAAAAGAAAUGUAUGGAGAUCAGUCUGGAGAAUUUGUAUGUGGAUAUCGGGGCUUAAAGUGUUAAGCCUCAAUAUCCUUAUACAAUGCUUAAAAACUAUGUCGAAAGAAUUUGAUAAAAGAUCAAAACGGUUUCCCUUGAGAGAUCAAGUUAUUCAUUCUCAGCACGUUUUCUCUUCAUUAAGUGAUGUUGGUCACCCGCGGGACAUACAAAGGGUCAAACUCUCAAUAGGUGGAGUCCAGGUUUCAGGUCUUUUAAUGUAAUACGGGAGUUUGAAUGUAGGGUUAACAUAAAUCAUUGCAGUUUUUCACGUCUUCUCUGAAACAAAAAGUAAAGAUCACCUCAGGCCUAGGCUUUCUUUGAUAUUAAAAAAGCACCUGUUUUAACUCCAAGCGUCCUAAUAUAUAGAUUAAGCCGAAGCUAAAGGCAAACCUCUCGUCAAUAAAAAAAAAACACUGCAAUAAAGAAACCCAGUUAGAGUUGAACCUGCGAUCAGUUAAAUACUAGAAACUUAUCAGCGGUAAACUUAAAAAAAAAACGUAGCCUGAUGAUUCGACAUCUGAGCCUGAGAUACGGUCAAGUGAUACUGGUCAGCGGAUACCCUGUUUUGACAGCUUUUAAUUGACCACAACAUCGUUGUGCAACACCAGGUUACAGGCUCCCACACCAGCAAGAAAGUGUAACCUUUCGCAUUGGUUUCCCUGCGGUGCGGACGGACCGACAGGCGGGCGGGUAGACGUACGCUCAAGUGACUACCAAUAUUUCACGGGUGGAUAGGAGACAAGAGAUUUGAUGAACGCACUUUCAAUUAAACUUACUGCCAAAACGUGGGGCUGUUAAAAAUCAGUCACAGAGAGUUUUGUCGUAGUUAAGGAAGACUUGUUAAAACUCCUCCAUCGGUAAGGAGCUCACUAAUUUGUUAACUGUAGUCUAAAAACUGAUUGUGGUUUUUAAUUUUGUUAUCAGCUUCGAAAAUCCUUUCUCCCCAAAAGACUUCCCUGUUAUGUUCACCAUUCGAGAAAGAAUGUACUUUGAGCUGCACGUCGACACUGAAGAUCGUCGCCUGGCGAUUUUUGCCUUGGACUGCUUUGCCACCCCAUCUCAGGACAGGAAUGCACUGCCCAGAUACGAUGUUAUCAAAGACGGGUAUGUAUCUCACACAUAUAGCUCUGUAUCAGGAGGCCCUCCUGCUCCGUAUCAAUCUCCGAAGGGUAUAAUUAUGAUAUAUUUAGUUUAUGUGUGUUUUUGGUCAAUUUAUUACUCCCUGUGAUGGCCUAAACAGGGAAACUUUGUUUAUAUGCUGUUUCCAGAUGCGCCGUUGAUAACACAGUGGAAUUCCACCACCCGCCCAACCCACAAAAUCAGCGUUUUAGCUUGGAAGCCUUCCAGUAUGUCGGCAAACACCCUUACGUGUUUAUGCACUGUAGAGUUAAAAUCUGCAACGCCACGGAUCCAAACUCAAGGUGCGCUCGAGGCUGCGUGAAACGUGAGCUUAGAAGCGUUGAAACUCUCCAUGAAACGGCUGACAACGUGUAUUCUCUGGCCCAAGGACCGCUUACUCUGGAUCGAGAGAAGAGAGUAGCGAAUGCAGAUGAAGCCGUUAAGUCGGAUCAGAGCACGCACGAAGCAGAGCGCAGUAAGUAGCAGUAACUUACUUUUUGGAUGGAAAUGAAUUUUGUGUAUGUGGAAAUCUAUUCGAUUUCGAUAAAACAGUAAAGCUGGAUUAACAUUUGAAUAAGCUUGGCGGGUUUUAGACUUGCUGACGUGAUUUCUAUGGUCUUAAAGUAAAGACAGCCAAAAAAUGCUUGAAUUUCCAAGAUUCAUUUUGUUGAAUUAAGACAAUCAUUACUACGAGCCCACUCAUUUUAAAUAGAAGGUCCUUGUAGUUCUGAAUCAGCAAUACUUGAAUAUCACGUGGAAUUCUCUAUUAUAGACGUGAAAUAAAGUUUACUUCUCAAUCACUAAUGUGACGCUUCGUGUUUAAUGCGAGCGUUACGUUAAGUUACGUUCAGAUUUAUUUAAUAUAAGAUAAUCUUAUUAUACAGGUUUACAGUUGCCAGUUGUUAUUGCUUUGGCGGUAGUCAUUGGAGUCUGUCUGGUAGGUAUCUCUUAUUUAGUGUGGCAGAAGAAACGCGUGAAAGCUUUUCGUCAGUACAAGCAGCUUUACGUCGACUCACGGAACUGA